AUGGCGACAUCCUCAUUUCGCAGAACGCUUACAACAAUAAAACCAAAUUCAUUCCCUUACUCCUUAUUCUCCGCAUCCUUCUCCAAAACUUUAAAUCCUCCCUAUUCUUCAUUUAGAGCAGCUCAAUCAAUCAUUGUAUCAGUUUCAGACCCCAACAAAAUCGCGGAUGUCAUUUUAUCUCAAUCUUCUUACCCUGCUUUCACACGUUACCGACCCAUUUACCCAUAUGCCGUGCGCAAACUUGCUCGUGCCAAUCGUUGUGACCUUGUGGAGCGCAUUGUAGAGGAUCAUCUUUCCAAAAAUAAAGUUUCUGCGGGUUUCUUCAUCCGGUUCAUUAUGCUUUACUCUGAAGCUGGUAUGGUUGAUCACGCUCUUCGUUUGUUUUAUGAUUUUUCGCCUAAAUUUCAAUCUAGUGAAAAACCCUUUUGUGCAAUUCUUACUACUCUGCUAAAUAAUUCCAAAUUUGAAACAUUUCAUGAGGUUUUUGGUAAUGCCGACAAGGUUAUGUCAAUUUCACCUAGUGUUAAGGUGUUUAAUAUGAAAUUAAGGGCUUAUUGCGAGGAGGGGAAAGUGGGUUUAGCUGAGGAAUUGUUGAAAAAGAAAAUGGAGAAGGACUUUGGAGUGUUGCCAGAUAUUUGUUCUUACAAUGUGUUGUUAGAAGCUUACUUGAAAAGGAAAGAUUGGGUAAAGUUUGAUGAUUUGAAGAAUGUGGUUAUAAAGAGGGGUUUGGAGGGCAAUGUAACUACUUAUAAGCAUAUGAUUGUGAGGUUAUGUAAGAAUAAAGAGUGUGAUGGAGCCAGUAAGUUGUUGGAUGAGAUGGUGGAUAAAGGUGUUGCACCAAAUGCAGCUUGCUAUAAUUGGAUUAUAUAUGGGUUUUGUAGGAUAGGGGAUUUUGUGUCAGCGAAAAUUGUUUUGGAAAGGAUGAUAAAAGACGGGUAUGUUGCACCGUCUUCCUUGACGUAUUACACUCUUUUUAGACAUAUGGUGCAAGAAGGAGAGUUCCUCUCCGCAUUGGUUAUGUGCAAGAUAAUUCUUAAGAGAAAUUGGGUGCCUCCUUUUGAGGCUAUGGAAGGCCUAGUCAAGGGCUUACUUGAGAUUUCAAUGAAAAAAGAGGCAUGUAAGGUGGUUAAGAAGAUGAAGAAAAGGCUGCAGGGUCCUGCUUUGGAUUCGUGGGUAAAGAUUGAAGCUGCUCUUCCCUGCUGUUGCUUUAUCUAUCCUAAUUGGGCUUUGGGAUAUUUUACUUUGGCUCUUUUUCUUGAUUAUCUAGUGUUAUUGGGCGUCUUCUCUGAAGAUGACUUGUUGUCUUUUAACUGUUCUAUAAAGGUAUUAUCUGCUGUCCCUCGGAUAAACUUUAAGUUGCUUGAGCUCCAACCUUCUAUAUUUGUUACUGGUUCGUUAAUGCUUCGUCUUUGCACAUGCCCUAACCUUCUUCAACUAUUCGCUUUCAUAUAUUCCUCAAUAAUUGCAACUCCUAAACCAUUUCUUAUACCUUCGUUUCAAAUUAUAUCCCUCAAGCUUGUUGAUGAGCAUAGCAGUGCAGAAUACUGUGCAUCCAGCUAA